AAUGGGGGGAAAAGGGUGAAAAUGGAGAGUGAGGAAGAGGAGGAGGAGGACGAAGAUGAGGAGGAAGAUGAGGAGGAGGAAGAGGAGGAGAGGAAGAAGCCGCCCUCCAAAAAUGAGGAGAAAAGGGGCAAAAAGAGGAGUGAGAGCGAGAAAACCCAGGCUGUGAGAAAUGGGGCGAAAAGGGUGAAAAUAGAGAGUGAUGAAGACAAAGAUGAAGAGGAAGAAGAGGAGGAGGAUGAUGAGGACGAGGAUGAGGAGGAAGAGGAGGAGAAGAGGAAGAAGCCGCUCUCCAAAAAUGGGGUGAAAACGGGCAAAAAGACGAGUGAGAGUGAGAAAAAACAGCCUGUGAAAAAUGGGGCGAAAAGGGUAAAAAUAGAGAGUGACGAAGAGGAAGAGGAGGAGGAAGAAGAGGAGGAAGAAGAGGAGAAGAGGAAGAAACCAUCAUCCAAAAAUGGGGUGAAAACGGGCAAAAAGAUGAGUGAGAGCGAGAAAAAACAGCCUGUGAGAAAUGGGGCGAAAAGGGUAAAAAUAGAGAGUGACGAAGAGGAAGAGGAAAACGAGGAGGAAGAAGAUGAUGAUGAGGAAGAGGAGGAGGAAGAGGAGAAGAGGAAGAAGCCACCCUCCAAAAAUGGGGUGAAAACGGGCAAAAAGAGGAGUGAGAAAAACCAGGCUGUGAGAAAUGGGGCGAAAAGGGUAAAAAUAGAGAGUGAUGAAGACAAAGAUGAAGAGGAAGAGGAGGAGGAUGAUGAGGACAAGGAUGAGGAGCAAGAGGAGGAGAAGAGGAAGAAGCCGCUCUCCAAAAAUGGGGUGAAAACGGGCAAAAAGAUGAGUGAGAGCGAGAAAAAACAGCCUGUGAGAAAUGGGGCGAAAAGGGUAAAAAUAGAGAGUGACGAAGAGGAAGAGGAAAACGAGGAGGAAGAAGAUGAUGAUGAGGAAGAGGAGGAGGAAGAGGAGAAGAGGAAGAAGCCGCCCUCCAAAAAUGGGGUGAAAACGGGCAAAAAGAGGAGUGAGAAAAACCAGGCUGUGAGAAAUGGGGCGAAAAGGGUAAAAAUAGAGAGUGAUGAAGACAAAGAUGAAGAGGAAGAGGAGGAGGAUGAUGAGGACAAGGAUGAGGAGCAAGAGGAGGAGAAGAGGAAGAAGCCGCUCUCCAAAAAUGGGGUGAAAACGGGCAAAAAGAUGAGUGAGAGCGAGAAAAAACAGCCUGUGAGAAAUGGGGCGAAAAGGGUAAAAAUAGAGAGUGACGAAGAGGAAGAGGAAAACGAGGAGGAAGAAGAUGAUGAUGAGGAAGAGGAGGAGGAAGAGGAGAAGAGGAAGAAGCCACCCUCCAAAAAUGAGGAGAAAAGGGGCAAAAAGAGGAGUGAGAAAAACCAGGCUGUGAGAAAUGGGGCGAAAAGGGUGAAAAUGGAGAGUGAGGAAGAGGAGGAGGAAGAGGAGAAGAGGAAGAAGCCGCCCUCCCAAAAUGAGGAGAAAAGGGGCAAAAAGAUGAGUGAGAGUGAAAAAAAACAGCCUGUGAAAAAUGGGCGGAAAAGGGUCGAAACAGAGAGUGAGGAAGAGGAGGAGGAUGAUGAGGAGAAGAGGAAGAAGCCGCCCCCCAAAAAUGGGGUGAAAACGGGCAAAAAGAGGGGCGAGAGCGAGAAAAACCAGGCUGUGAGAAAUGGGCGGAAAAGGGUCGGAACAGAGAGUGAGGAAGAUGAAGAGGAAGACGAGGAGGAUGAGAAAGAGGAGGAUGAUGAGGAAGAGAAGGAGAAGAGGAAGAAGCCGCCCCCCAAGAAUGAGGAGAAAAAGGAGAAAAAGAGGAGUGAGAGUGAGAAAAAACGGCCCAUGAAAAAUGGGCGGAAAAGGGUCAAAACGGAGAGUGAGGAAGAGGAGGAGGAAGAAGAGGAGGAAGAGGAGGAAAAGAGGAAGAAGUCACCCCCCCAAAAUGGGGUGAAAACGGGCAAAAAGAGGAGCGAGAGCGAGAAAAACCAGGCUGUGAGAAAUGGGCGGAAAAGGGUCGAAACGGAGAGUGAGGAAGAGGAGGAGGAGGAGGAAGAAGAGGAGGAGGAUGAGGACGAGGAGGAGGAUGAUGAGGAAGAGGAGGAGAAGAGGAAGAAGAGGAAGAAGCCGCCCCCCAAAAACGAGGAGAAAAAGGAGAAAAAGAGGAGUGAGAGUGAGAAAAAACGGCCCGUGAAAAAUGGGCGGAAAAAGGUCGAAACGGAGAGUGAGGAAGAGGAGGAGGAAGAAGAGGAAAAGAGGAAGAAGUCACCCCCCCAAAAUGGGGUGAAAACAGGCAAAAAGAGGAGCGAGAGUGAGAAAAAACAGGCUGUGAGAAAUGGGCGGAAAAGGGUCGAAACGGAGAGUGAGGAAGAGGAGGAGGAGGAGGAGGAAGAAGAGGAAAAGAGGAAGAAACGGUCCCCUAAAAAUGGGGUGGAAACGGGCAAAAAGAGGAGUGAGAGCGAGAAGAAACAACCUGUGAAAAAUGGGGCCAAAGGAGUGAAAAUGGACAGCGAGGAAGAGGAUGAAGAAGAUGAAGAGGAGGAGGAGGAAGAAGAAGAGAAGAAGAAACCAACUUCCGAAAAUGAGGAGAAAAAGGGCAAAAAGAGGAGCGAGAAAAAAAUGGGUCUGAAAAACGGGCGGAAAAGAGGGAAAAUAGAGA